GUUUUUUACUCGCAGCUUUUGCUUGCCGUCGUCUGUCUGCUGAGUAGGCAGUCGUCCGUGUCGCUCACAUUCCUGGUCUUCGUUCCCGGAGGUGCAGAGCGCCUCACGCAGAGACUCCCAAGGCGCUAUCGGAGAGGUUCUCUGUAAGAAGGUUGUCGCGAGGGAUUCCAGGAAACAGAAAAGACAAUAGCGGCAGGGGAGAUUCCGGGCAGCUUCGCUCGAAGAGAAGUCGCCGGUGUCGUGUCUCCUUCGGCUCUUGCUGGCACUGUCGCGGCGGGUGUGCUCGCGAAGGCGAGGCGAAUCUGACUCUCCAUCCUUCCGCCUUUCCAACGCGUUUUCGUUUUCUCGCUCUUCCAGUCCGGUUUUCUCCGCGAUUUCUGCCUCAGCUCCCCGACUCUCCGCAGACUCUCUGUGUGCCUUUUCUCCCCCCGUCGGCGGCUGCAUGCAGCGGUGAAAACGCGUCCGGGGUGGUGUUCUUCGUGGACAGUCAGUCUUCUUCGCUGGCGACUCGAGGAGCAUCGCGAGAGAAGCUCGGUUAUACAGACAGCCGAGAGUCCAAGCGUCUUCGCGAGGAAACUCGUUCUCUGGCGUGGAGCGUCUUCGUCUCUGUUGCCGACUCUGCCUUUCGCACACAAAAGCCGUGCUUGCCGUCUUUUUCUGGAAAGAAAAAGGGGAGAACGGGUAGACAAGAGGCACUGGGCCAUUCGCUGACGAACGGGGCGACCUGCAGUGUCUGUACAGCCCGCUGAACAGCAAGGGACAGAGAGAGGGCAGAGGAGGGACAACGCUUCGACGUGUGGCUUCUUGUUUCGGGGCAACAACGAGAUCCAAGACCUGCCGAGAGAAGGAGAAAAAAAGACGAAGGCAGAGCACGAGAGCACGAAACUCCAUGGAGCUGCGCAGCCUUCAAAGAGGGAGACGACCGAGGAAGAACAAGAACCUGAGAGUUUAAGAAGCGAAACUCGAACCACCAGAUUUCUUCUCUGACAGGCCUCGACACUGUCUCUUCGUCCCUCUCCGAGUAUCGCAGUGUCUUUUUCGCUUCCUCUGUCUCUGCUUUCCUCUUUGACGACGACGCAGUGGACGUCCUCUUCUUUCUUUCUCCACGAUGCGCACUCUCGUGGUUGGAGACGAGAACUUUUCGUUCUCCGUCUGUCUGGCCGGCAGUCCGGCGUUCCCCGCAGACGAGUUAGACGUCGCAUGCGGAAUUCAAGAAGACCAAGUGAAGGAUGAAGCGAAGCCGCGCGUCCAGGAGCUGCGCGACGGAGGCUCGCGAGUGCACUUCGGAGUUAAUCCGGCUCAGCUGCGAAACUCUUUUUCCUCUGGAUGCUUCGAUCGCCUCAUCCUCGUUCUCCCAGGCCUCGCCUACCACGGGUGUCCGCCUCUGGUCGGGUUUGGGAGCGACUUGUUUGUGCUGCGGCUCCACCUCUUCUGCUUCAGUGUGCUGAAGUCCUCGCGGGGCGUCGUGCGGCCAAAUGCGGAGUAUUUGCUCCUGUGGCCCUCGCGCCUGCCGACGGCGUCUCUGAAAGAGUUCCCCGAAGAAUUUCCAGCUGCAGGCGCAGACGCCCCUGACGCGAGCGGCGACGCAGAAGCUGCAGAAGAAGGAAAGAAGGACGCAGAAGAGAAGGCGCGAGAAGAAGAGAAGGGAGACGCGCGAGAAACUCAAGAGGCAGGAGGGGAAGAGACAGCGGCGCGAGAAACGCGUGCAGCCGAAGAAGCGGAGGAGAAAGAAGGCCCUGCGGCGAAAGAGACCCUCGUCGAGGGUGAAGCGGAACCAAAAACAAACGCUCUUGAAGGAUUCCCCAUGAUUGACAUGGACAGACUCGCAAAGUUCUGCUCCUUCCAAAGACCCAGCAACCAGGACUUCCGUCUCUCCCUGAGUCGCUUCGAGGCCUGGAGGCCCGCCGUCCACAGACACGAGUCUCCGGAGAACGGCGCCAGCGCGGCACUCUUCGAAGGCGUCGAAGAGAAAACUGCCGCCUGGCUCGGGUGUCUCGUCUUCCACGCCUUGCGGCUUCAAGAAGAUGGAAAGAAGGCAGGCGGGAACCCCGAAGACUUCAACAUUCUCCGUGUCCCGGCGAGUGUGAUGCAACACUCGCGAGAGGUUCUGCCGCAUGUCAAUGAGCUGUUUCUCUUCAAACUCUUCGGGUCGAAGUCUGCCUCCCUUCUUGUUUCCAAACUGUCGCUGAAAUACGACCCGAGAAUCGCUGGCUGGCGAGGGCAGGGACUGGGGGCGCAGCGCCCCCCUGGGGGCAGCCCUUCUGGGGCUCACCCGGUGCCGGGCCUCUGGCGUCAGGCCACCGCCUUUGCGAGUCGCGGACCCGGGGCGCGAGGCCCCCAGGCCCCUGGGUUUCGGGCCCCAGCGCGCCCCGCGGGGCCCUUCUACGGGGACGUGCGGCCCCUCGGGCCCGGGUUCGGCGGGGCAGGCGACCCCGUGGACGUACGGGCGACGCCAGGGUACUCGAGGCCCGUGGGGGGGGGUCGCCCCUUCCCGGGACGCGGCGCCGACGAAGGAUACGGGCCCCCCUGCGGGUCUGCGCCACGACGCCCCGGGGUCCCGAGCCCGACGUUUCACCCUGGACCUAGGGCCUCGUUCGGUGGCGAGCACCAAGGCUACGGGGGCACCGUGGGUCCGGGGACUGGAGGAGACAGUGCGGGCUUCCCGAAUGCUCAGGGCUAUGGAAACUUCAGUUCCUCUGGAGGCGCGAGGCUAAACGCGGGCCCCGGAGUCAUGGGCCAUGUGGGGCAGCAGCAAAGCACUGUUGGGUACAGCCAAGGAGGAGUGCAAGACCCUCCCUACUCCGGCUAUGGGCCCGGAUCAGAGCCCAGCCAGUCGGUGGCCUACGAGCGAGGGCCUGCACCCCACGCCGGCUAUCAGGUCACGCCUGCGAGCAACCAAGGAGGGAUGGAAGGAGGCUCUUCGGGGUUUUAUCAGACUCCAACAAGCUAUUCGUAUGGCUACGAUGCCAAUGAAGGGGCACCGGCUGAAGAUGCGUCUUAUUCUUCGCAUGCGUUUUCUGGGCCUCCUUCCAAGCGGUGGCGCACGGGCGACCCUGCUGUCUCAUCGCAGCCUGCUGCCUACGGGGGCUACCGUCAGUCUUCGCACCCAAGUGCAGAGACAGAGAAUUCGUAUUCUUACGCGACCCCACACCAGCAGUCGUACGCGGCGAACGGGGCGGGGUCUGCGGUCACGCAAGGGUCUUCGCGAGGCGCGUGGACCGGCGGAAAUGUCUCGUACGGAGCCUCGGCUGCAGGCGUCGAGACUUACUUCGGGGAGCCCAGCCAGACAGGAUCGAAUUACACUGCGCUGAACCAGACUGGAGGGAACGUCGGCGCGGGAGGAAGCCGCAUGCAUGACGCGAGUGGCUACUACGUGCAAGGAGCGGCUGCUACCUCAGGACCCACAUACAGCGUCAACGGGGCAUCUUGCGGGUCGUCUGGCCCCCCCGCCAGCGGCGCCCGGUGGCCCCCCGCGGGCGCGAGCGAUUCGAACCCCGGGGGUUCGGCGCGAGGUUACGACAAAUUUUACCAAGAACAAAGUCAGGCGUUUUCUCCGUCUCCCUCUGCCGGCACCUACGGAAGUUCGGGAGCCUCAACUUCCUAUUAUGGCGCCUCGAACGCGGCAGGGGACGCAGCGAGCAACAUGGGGAGCUACGCCUCGGGGGGGCAAACAGGCCCCGUGAGGCCCUCAGAGGGCGGAUACGGGGGGCCUGCAGGCCCGACAGGCAACGCUGGGUACUCAGGAAGCAACGCAGGGGGACAGACGACCGGCUACUCGAUGGGCUAUGCAGCCUCAAACUUCGGAGGCGGGAACGCUGGCGCGGGGGCUACAAGCAGCGCGAACCCAGUAGGGGCAGGAAGAACUGGCGCCAGUGGAGGCUACGCGAGCUACUGUUCUUCGGCGUACGGCUCUGCGAGCGGCACUGGAGGCGCAGGGCCUUCUUCGGGCGCGCCGGCGUCCGGAAGUGGCGUGAAAGGGCGCUACGCCUACGGGAGAUUUUAGGGGCCUUGUGGGGCAGUGACAGGGCAACCGAGAAGAAGAUAUUGCCUCUCGAGAGGGAGAGAGCGCGGAUGAAAAACGGGUCUCGGCUAGCGAAGAAGAGCAAGGACUCCUGUCCAGUCAAGACACGGCGCGGCAGACGCAGGGCGAGACAGAGAUAGCGGAGAGAAGAUGCAGAUGAGGCGACGGCGGAAGGAAGGGUACUCAGGAUCUACACAGAUCAAAGCCGAGACAAGCGAUUGGGAGCAUAUAAAAUGAGGAUACGAGACGGGAAAGGUGCUCAGGAUCUGCGGAAGGGAGCCUCGGGAGGUUCCGUUUUCUUGAAGCGAAGGCCGUUCAUCGGCAGAACGCGCAUGCGGUUACAGCGGAAAAAGAGAGUUGGGAGCGCGGAGUCGAACAGAGCGCGUUUCGAUCAGGUCAUCCGUACAUUCUUCCAGGGUGCACAGAGCAACCUGUCGAACAACCUUCGGCUCAGAGGGAGGCUUUGUUAGAUGGGGGAGAGCGUUUUUUCUCGAGUUUCCUAAACACCGUCGAUCUGUCCAUUCCGUACAGACGAUCAUCAGGGAGAAGUUUGGGUGGACGAGAGCUGGGUUUCAGGUGUCGUCAUCGAUGGGGGGCGAACUGUUGACACUUGCGCACGUUUUUCGGAAUCCACUGAGAAAUCUGUGUGUGAAUUUUCCUUCUCGUGAGAAAAAAACUCAUGUGUUCUAUCUUUUUCUCCGUAGCCGUGACCCGCCAGUGUCCCCUUCCUGGGGACUGCGUCCCGACGCUCUGGGUUCCUGUCUCUUUGGUUGUCGCUUUCUGUGUCUCUUCCCCUGUUCGUAGAUACACCGUAUGUCGUCUUGCUCGUCUUCCCUAGUUCUUUCUGAGCUGAGCUUUGGCAGCUUUCUCUUUAACUUCCCGUUAUCCUUUGAGGUUUCACAGCCUCCACGUGCAGGCACCGUGCCAGGGGCUUAGUCGUUUCCUCUUUACGCGCAAAAGCCGCUCGCCGCCAUCUCCUUGCUUCAGCUUUCGUCUGUUUGUUCUCGGCGCAAGCUGAAUUUCGAAUUACGGGUCUCCAUACAAAGCCUUGUGCCGUACUUACUACAGGUGCAGCAGAGACUGUCUCUGAACACAUGCUCUGCGAUCCGGAACUGUAUACCUCAAAUCGAAGAGAGACCCUUUCGCGUGACCUGGUGCAAACAGCGCGUUUCUCUGCCAAGGGGCAGCCAGACUGAUUGAAGAGAAUGAACGAAAUUGCCUGUUUUCCUAGAGCGGCUCUGUCUCUUCAAG